AUGGUAGCCCAACGAUUACUCAUUACAGGCAGCGCAGGCUAUAUUGGCGGCACUGUACUGGCCCAGCUCCUAAAGUCGACCUUCUCCAAUGUCCAAGCUUUGUCGGUGAGUGCACUUGUUCGUCACCAAGACCAAGCCGACUUGCUGGCGCAAAAAGGCGUCAUUCCAAUUCUCUUCGAGAGUUUGGAUGAGACCGAUGUCCUCCGGAAGCUUGCAAGUGAGCAUGACGCAGUCAUCCAUGUCGUAGAUGGCCUGCAUCAUGGCUCAGCCGAGGCUUUCAUUCAAGGUCUGAGCGAAAGGAAGAAGACAACAGGAAAGGCAGGCAUAUACAUUCAUACCUCUGGCGCUAGCAACGUCGCCGAGUUUCCCAUCUCGAAGCAGUAUCGUGGAACCCACGUUUUUUCCGACAAAGAAGAUAUAUUGAGCUAUGAGAAGUCUCGCGACAUUGAAGAGCCUUAUAUCAACCGAACCAUCGACUUGAUGGUUGCUGAGCGUGGAAAAGGAUUGGGAGUAGAGACAUAUUCCAUUUCGCCACCCCUGGUAUUCGUGGGGGGUUUGACUUAUUUCAAGACGCUUUCUGGUGGCCAGCUGCCGAUGCUAAUGCGCUCGGCCCUUGCAAACGGCCACGCUCAGUAUGUUGGCGAAGGAGCAGGAAGAUGGAGUCAUGUUCAUGUCCAGGACUUGGCUGCGCUGUACGAGGUCAUCCUCGCUAAGGCUCUAUCGGGAGAGAUUCCUUCGAACGACCGACGUAUUUUCUUCGCUGAGACCGGAAGCAGUAGCUUCCUGCAAACGGCUAAGGCAAUUGGCAAAGCUGGUUUUGCACUUGGCGCUUUGGCAUCGGCCGAGCCAGUCUCCACCUCGCUGGAGAAAGUUGCGCAGGAAAUUUUCCAUGGACAAGCACAGUGGGCGGAAAUCGUCAUUGCGUCCGAGGCACUGGUCUCCGCCGAGCUCUCACGAGAAUGCGGCUGGAAGCCCAUCAAGUCAGAGAAAGAUUGGGAGGCUACGUUUGAGGAGGAGUUUCGAUUGGUCAUUGACGUCGUUGCCCAUCAGGGAUGA